CGUCCCUCAACACCACUCCACUCCACCCUGCCUCACCCACUCGCUCGGCUGCCACUGCGUACGCGCUUCGCCAUCUGCGCUCACUGCCCAAGCCUCUACCGCCAGUCCGUGUCUCUCUCUCGCUCUUGUCCCGAGUGCACGAGCCGCAGCGCAAGAGCGCCUGAGCCUGGCCGCCGCUACGUCUUCUGCUGCGCUCUCGCAGCUCCGCCGCUGCCGCCAUGGCGUCGCAAACGUCGAUGCGGGGCCUGACCUCGUUCAUCGCGGACCUCAGAGCAUGCCGCGUGCGCGAGCUUGAGGAGAAGCGCAUCAACAAGGAGAUGGCGCACAUCCGGCAGAAGUUCAAGGAGGGACAGCUGGACGGCUACUCGCGCAAGAAGUACCUCUCCAAGAUCCUGUUCACCUCGAUCCUCGGCUACUCAGUCGACAUCGGCCACAUGGAGGCUGUCAACCUCAUUGCCAGCCCAAAGUACUCUGAGAAGCAGAUCGGAUACUUGGCGAUCACACUGCUGAUGAACGAGGACUCCGACCUCGUGCGCCUGGUGGUCAACUCAAUACGCAAGGAUCUGGACGAGAUCAACGAGAUCAACAACUGUCUCGCGCUGCACGCCAUUGCGAACAUCGGCGGCAAGGAGAUGGCCGAAGCCCUUGCGGAGGACGUGCACCGGCUGCUGAUCUCGCCCACGUCGAAGAGCUUUGUGCGGAAAAAGGCAGCGCUCACGCUCCUGCGGCUGUACCGCAAGCACCCCGAGGUCAUCCCGGCCGACGAGUGGGCCGCGCGCAUCGUGGCGAUCAUGGACCACGAGAACAUGGGUGUGGCGCUCGCUGUGACAAGUCUGGUCAUGACGCUGGCACAGGACCAUCCUGAUGCGUUCGCCAUUGCCUACCAGAAGGCCGUCGACCGGCUGCAGAAGAUCGUCAUCGACGACGACUACAGCAACGAGUACGUGUACUACAAGGUGCCUGUGCCGUGGCUGCAGAUCAAGUGCUUGCGGCUGCUGCAGUACUACCCUCCGUCAGACGAUGCCACGAUCCGCAAGACGAUCAACAACGUGCUCGAGACCAUCCUGGACAACUCGCAGGACACGCCAAAGAACGUGCAGCACAACAACGCGCAGAAUGCGGUGCUCUUCGAGGCCAUCAACCUCGCCAUUCACCUCGACACCGAGUCGGUAGUGGUCGCCAAGGCUGCUGUGCUCCUCGGCCGCUUCAUUCUUUCGCGCGAAACGAAUGUCCGAUACCUCGGCCUGGACACGAUGGCGCAUCUGGCUGCGUGCGCAGAGAGCCUCGAGCCCAUCAAGAUGCACCAAGAUACCAUUAUCCUCUCGCUGCGCGACAAGGACAUCAGCGUGCGGCGGCGGGGCCUCGACUUGCUGUAUAGCAUGUGUGACGUGACGAACGCCAAGGUCGUCGUUGCCGAGCUGCUGCGCUACCUGCACGUGGCCGACUACGCGCUGCGCGAGGAGAUGGUGCUCAAAAUUGCCAUCCUGACGGAGAAGUUCGCCACCGAGUACUCGUGGUACGUCGACACGAUCCUGCAGCUCAUCAGCUCUGCGGGCGACCAUGUCGGCGAGGAGGUGUGGUACCGCGUCGUGCAGAUCGUGACGAACAACGAGGACGUGCAGGAGUACGCGGCGACGCAGGUCUUCAAGCUGCUCAAGUCCAGCUCGUGCCACGAGAACCUCAUCAAGGUCGGCGGCUACGUGCUCGGCGAGUUCGGCCACCUCAUCGCCAACGAGCCGGGUGCGAGUCCGAUCGAGCAGUUCCACGCGCUGCACUCGCGGUCACACCUGUGCUCUCAGUCUACGCGCGCGCUGCUGCUGUCUACCUACGUCAAGUGGCUCAACCUCUUCCCCGAGAUCCGCGAGCAGAUCAUGUACGUGCUCAACCGCUACCGGCACGUCCUGGACGCCGAGCUGCAGCAGCGCGCUUGCGAGUACGUCGCGCUGGCCUCGAUGGAGAACGACGAGCUGCUGCAGGCAGUCUGUGACGAGAUGCCGCCCUUCUCCGAGAAGUCCUCGCUGCUGGUCAGCCGGCUGCAGCGCAAGCACGGAGACACCGGCGACAAGCGCACGUGGGUCAUCGGCGGCAAGGAGGUCAACCGCGAGCGCGAGGCUGCACGCGAGGAGAGCCGCAAGAAGGGCAUGGCCAACGGCGGCGCCAUGCCGACAGGGCCCGCGACAUCUGUCAUCCGGCCACACGGGCCCGACCAUGUGACGGCAGGCACAAACGGCGGCGACGACUAUGGCGGCUCUGCGUACCGAUCGAACACUGAGACCGCGGAUGACAUCCUUGCGGGCCUCGAGGGCCUGGACAUGAGCACGGGCACGACCGCCUUGAUACCCACUUCCGAGGCUGCCAGCUCUGGGAUCGCUGCCCGUCAGCCGAUCCUGGACUCCGCCUCGAACGGGGCACGGGGCGGAGACUACGUUCAGUCGCCGCUUGCCACAUCGCCAGUCAAUGAGCGUGCGCCAUCCCUGUCCUCUGGGCUCGGCUCGUCAAGCAGCACAAUGCCGACCACCGUCACGCCAGCUCCCCGCUUCACGCCUGGCUUCAACCGGAACUUCAACCGCCUCGCGUUCACCGACGAGGGCGUGCUAUUCGAGGACAACCAGCUGCAGAUCGGGCUCAAGAGCGAAUACCACGGCCAUCUUGGCCGCAUCACGCUCUACUUCGGCAACAAGAUCAGCGUCGGCUUCUCGUCUUUCACGCUCUCGAUCAAGUCGCAAGAGCCCGAUGCGCUGUCCGUCACGCUGCCUAAGCUGCCGACGAACACUCUCGCCGCCGGCACGCAGGUGCAGCAGGUGGUGCAGCUCGAGUGCCACGACUUCUUCUCGAAGCCGCCGGUGCUGCGCAUCAACUACCUCGCCGGCAGCAUGCAGGAGAUCUCGCUGCGCCUGCCCGUCAUCCUGACCAAGUUCGUCGAGCCCGUGCAGCUCGGCGCUGCGGACUUUUUCGAGCGGUGGAAGCAGAUCGGCGGUCCCCCGCGCGAGGCUCAGCAGAUCUUCGCCUUCAAACUCACGUCCACCGGCGAGGUCGACACCAAGCGGCAUCGCAAGGUCGUCACGGGCGCGCGCGUCGGCUGCCUCGACAAUGUCGAUCCGAACCCAGUCAACCUCGUCGGCGCCGGCGUGCUGCACAUGUCCAACGCCGGCAAGGUCGGCUGCCUGCUGCGUUCUGAGCCAAACAGGGAGGCCAAGCUGUGCCGGCUCACAGUGCGAGCCACGAACGACCUCGUGGCGGCAGAGCUGCUGCGUCUGCUCACAGCCGUGCUUGCAGCUGAGGCACGCGACAUCUAAUGCUACCUUCUUGUCGCACACGCGCAGCAAUGCACCACGUCACGAUACGAGAGAAGCAUGCAAUUAGUGUUGUACAGAGUGAUGGAGAAGGCAGCGGAACAAUGCGAUCAGUCACCGGA